CCGGCCACGUUCGUCUCAUUCAUCAUUCCUUCAUUGCUUUUUAGUUCUUUAUUCCUUCUUUCUCUUCUUUUCUUCUUUUUCAACACUAGAAUCCUAACAACCCACAGCGACAAUUCUUCAGCAUGGCCCAUCCAGCAGCGCCCGUUUCUUUGCCUUCAAUUGAGUUUAUCAACACCGAGGCUACAGAACAAGACUUUGCCACCGCGGUCACACUUCUCUUCGAGCCCGCUCCUCCAAUCGUCAAACACCUCUAUUCUAAGCGUCCUUAUGCAACCUAUACCGCUUUAAUCGACGAGACCGAGGUUUUGCUCUCCAACCCAGACAAGUAUUUGACACUGCAGGAACAGUUGGAUGUGAUCAAUGCUCAUCCUCGCAUCGGUGCUGCCAAGGCCAAUUUAUCUGCCCUCUCGUUGAUCGAGCAAGGUUACACUGCUGAGGAUGCAGCAAAGAAAGUGAGCGAGACUGCUACUCCUUCACAGGAUGACGAGGUGACACAGGCAACAUUAAAACGUUUAAAUCAAGAAUAUGAAGACAAAUAUGGAUUCAAGUUUGUUGUCUUUGUGAACGGUCGUCCAAGAAGCGUCAUUAUCCCUGUGAUGGAAGACCGUAUCAAAAAUUCCACCAAGGAACAGGAGAUGAAGACUGCUAUGACUGAUAUGGUCUCUAUUGCUCGCGAUCGUUUGAAGAAGUUGAAUGUUGCUUAAAUACUUUUUUUUCAUUUUAUUCACAUAAUAAAUAUGAAUUACACAAUUGUAAAU